GUUUGAAAUCCUGAAGGUUGGAUGAGAUAGAAAUAAAAAUAGUCUGCUUGACCUUUCGACUUUGACUUGUUGAUACUGGCGUAAAGUAUAACUGGAAUCGAUUUCUCAAAUAUCCAGAGAGUAAGUACUUCGAUCUAUCCACACGAUGGGACAUUGUGCUUUACAAUUUGUUUCCAUGUAAUAUCCAAAAUUCAGGAUGUGACAGUGGAUCGUGAAAGAGACCCAAGUUUUCACACUCGGAAUGAAUUCACCUUUGCUCUCUGCUUACUUUCACACAAUCUGUAAACACAGGCCGAAUCCUUCAGAUCAGUGAGCAUUAUCAAUACAAUUCGCUCGGCCUUUUCGGAGCAUAGUGGUAAGCAUCGGAAAGGAUUCGAUCCAAAAUGGCCGAGUUCGAGAACGUAGUCCCAUUCGUGUCACAGUCUGUGAGCUUUUAUGGACUUGUUGGCGUUGCACUUGUAUUGUCCCUUUUUUACUGGGUUUUCGUUCAAGAUACAAAGCGCUACCCACCAGGGCCGACCGGUCUGCCAAUAUUUGGAAAUGUUUUUAGUCUGGUCUUCACCAAACGGCAGCAGCAUGAAGUGGUCAACGACUGGACCCACAAGUACGGACCCAUCUUCGCUUUUAAAAUGCUCGGGACCAGGGUCUAUGUUCUCAGCGAUCCUGGUCUUAUUUCUGAUGCCUUUCACCAUAGUCCUGAUAUCAAUGAUAGGUCACCCAUGCCCAUUGCUAAAGAAAUAAUGGGGAGAGGUAACACCGGUUUGGUUAGCAGUAUUGGUGAUGUGUGGAAAGAACAUCGUCGCUUUCUCAUGACGGUUUUCAAGAAGAUCGAUUCGGGUGUAAUGAGACUUGAAGAAGCAAUCGGAUCAGAAGUGGAGACACUCCUGCAGGAAAUCGAAAAGAAGAACGGUGACAGCUUCGAUCCCUGCAACCCGAUCAACAUCGCCGUCGCUAACAUCAUCACCCGGUUUAUAACCGGUGUCCAGUACGACCACGGCGACCGGGAGUUCCAAGACCUUAUUGACCGGUCCGAUCGGAUCUUUAAGAUCAUGGGACCGGCUGGACUGUUCUCGGUACUCCCGAUCCUGGCGAAAAUUCCGUCACCGGUUAAAACAGAGAUAACAUCCCUUUCCCUGGAGAUAUUGGAGGUGAUCCGCAAAUCCGUCGAAGCUCACAAAUCCGAGUUUGAUCCGGAAGAACCGGCAAAGGAUUUCAUCUCUUGUUACUUGAAAGAGAUACAUCGGCGGAAGGAAGAGAAUAAUCCGGGAUCGUUUGAUGAGAUCAAUCUACUUGCUAGUUGCUUCGACGCGCUACUUGGCGGCUGGGAGACGUCGACGACGAGCAUAUCGUGGAUUACCCACACACUAGCUGCUCAUCCGGAAGCUCAGCGUCAACUUCGUCAAGAGAUCUACGAUGUUGUCGGUAGCGAUAGACCCCCAAGCUUCUCAGAUCGCCACUCCAUGCCGUUUACGGAAGCGACGUUGGCAGAGUGCAUCCGACUGCACCCCGCCGCAGCUAUGCACGUUCCCCACACCGCAUCACGUGAUUGCAAGAUCGGUGGAUAUGACGUCAUAAAGGGGAGCGCUGUGACGAGCGACUUGUGGUACCUUGCGCUCAGUCGUAAUCGUUGGAAAGAUCCGCUAGAUUUUAAGCCGGAUAGAUUCCUUGAUGCAGAUGGGCAGUUCAACAAGAAAUUGGAACCACUACCUUUUGGUUAUGGUCGGAGAGUUUGCCCCGGAGAGCAGCUCGCUCGCAUGGAAAUAUUCUUGCUUGUGACCAAUCUUCUCCAGCGAUUCUCACUUUCCUUGCCAGAGGGUGCUCCGACAAGCAUCGGUGGAAAGCAUGGCCUUACCAACAAACCGAAUCCUUUCAAGAUACAUGCUAAGAAGAUUUGAGUCAAUCAUUAAUAUUUCAUUGGAACCGGGAUCAGUUUGAUGAUUAAUAGGCUUUAUCAUUUGGUUAUGAUCAACGAUCUGAAUAGACUGAGUAAGAAAGAGAGUAGGGGGUGUUUUAUUGUUUGUUCCAUUAUCCAUGUUAUAGAUUUCAGUCCGUAAUAAUGUUUAUCCGCCACAUUCAACUUCAAAUGUUAUUGUUUUCAUAUGUAUUGAAUUAUUGUAUUGUAAUAUUUAAAAGUUAAUGUUUGGUUCUUUGGUGUUGAAUCUGACAACUGCUUUUGUGACGACCCUUGCAACCAUCCUAUUUAUUGUGUAACAGAAAAUACCACUUAAUGAUUUUCAUUUAUAUUUGAGGAUUUAUAUACAUAACUAUUGUUCAUUAUCUUGAUGUCAAGUUUCAGAUAUGUAUUUUCAUGUCCAGAAUUUUGUUAUGAAAAAU